CCGGACAUCUGGCUAUUCCUGCUCUACUUACUUCACCGCACCAUCUUCUCUAGUUCUUCUUAAACCAUCCUCAUCCACCCUCCCUCUUCAUCAUGGUUCACCGAAGUGAUGGUCGUGACUGGCGCUUUGAGCUGCCUCUCAAUCCCGUGAAAGUCAGCGAGAACUCAGUUGGUCCUGUCUCAACGAUGAGCGACUACUUUUACGUGGAGAGUUUCGUCAAGACAUGUCCAACCCGUGUCAACGAGCUGACAGCCAACGCCUUCACCGUCCUGAUCCUGGAAAGUAAUGACCCCUGUGACUGCGAUGUCCCCUCGUGCGAAAAAUCCCACAAGCGCAUAUGGCGCUCGAACCUGCGUACAAUUGACCUACUUCGGAAGCGCCAUCUGAUUAAGGAGUUCCGGGUCAUCGCACACGGCGUGAGUAAAAAGCUGCUGAACAUCAAUCAGGAGCUGACUAAGCUUGCAGAUUCUCUGGGCGGACCCUUGGCAACUGUGCGUAAGAUCCUAUUCCUUGGUAGAGGAUUGAUACAGGCAGUUGCUGCGAAGGUCUACCACAGGUUAUUCCCAAACGUCAGUGAUCUCACGUUCCAUCGACAACGCAAGUGGGGAGUAUCGGCUGGAUACACUAAGCUACCACCAGAUAGAUGCACUCUAUUCGAACAGACAUUCACAAAGUAUAUGUACCAGCUGGAAGCCCUUCAACUUCACCUGACGACGCCUUUAGAGUUUCACAAAUUCUGCGAAAAUCUGUCUUCGCUGUCGAUAAACAUCCAGCACAUUCGCCGCCACCGCGAUUUGCCAUUGAUUCCUGCUCUUCGUCUGCGUUGGAUCGAAGGGCAGCUAGUUUUUCAGAGUUUAGUGAAGAUUGACUUCACAUUUGUCGUAAACGCCGAAAACAAGACGGCAUUCCCCGGAUACCAGUACCCCAUCGACUUCCCGGUGUUGGGUUCUUUGCGUGUCACCAACGCCAUAGGUGUGUACGACAAUAUUUACGCAUAUUUCACUUCUAACACACUCAGAAGGCUGGUGGUUAAGGAUGACCCAGAUGCUUUCGAGCAUAUCGAUUGGCGUGUCCUGCAAACUGUGCAGCGGUUUGAGAUAGAACAUCCCACAGGGGAGUUCUACAAGCGCGAGUACUCAUCAGACAGUAUCCAGAAACUGUUCGCCCAAGAGUCCGCAGUCCGCGAGGUCGUCAUGCUCGGCCCGGUCUACUAUACACUGCCUCGCACCAUCAACUGGCACAACCUGGUCUUGCUCGACAUUGCAGUGGCCAUUGCCGACAAGGACAUGCUCGGCAAUAUGGUGGCACAGCUGCCGCACCUGGAAUCGCUGCAUAUCAACUGCGUGUCGAUGCUUACAAAAGACGCUUGCGACACG